AUGAGGCGGUCUCUAGUCCUCCUGUCGGCGGCGCUGCUGUGCCAGCAGACGACGGCGUUGACCGUACCAAAGCCCCGUGACCGGGACUUGUCGAGUCUGCUCUCCGGCAAACUCGACAUCCUCGACCGUUUCUCCAGCCUGGUGGUGGACAAGGUCGUCAGCACUACGAUCCUCGUUGUGAGGGCGCUGAAGGAGACUGUCGACGAGAAUGGAAUCACCCAAAACGACCUGGACAACAUGCUGGGGGUCAACAGCACCACCGGCCUGCCCGUAAGGAACUCGACGUCGGCCGUGACGUGUCCGGAUGUUGCCGUCAUCUUUGCGAGGGGAACGAAUGAACCUGGGAACGUGGGCUUCCUCACGGGCCCGCCCUUCUUCGACGCCCUUAGAACGUACAUGAACGGCACCGGCACCAUCUCCAUCCAAGGUGUCAAUCAGUACCCCGCGGACCCGCCGGGCUUCUUCGCGGGCGGCUCGAUGACGGGCGCCACCUCGGGCGCGCAGGUGGCCUCCCGCACGCUAACCAUGUGCCCCAACACGCGUCUCACCGUGUCGGGCUACUCGCAGGGCUCGCAGGUGGCCCGCCUCGCCAUCUCGCAGCUGCCGCCCGACCAGCAGGCCCGCAUCUCGAGCGUGGUGCUCUUCGGCGACCCCCUCGGCGGCGCGGCCGUCCCCGGCGUCGACGGCUCGCGGCUGCUCGUCGUCUGCCACGCCGGCGACAACAUCUGCGAGGGCGGCGACUUCAUCUUCUCGUCGCACCUCGACUACAGCACCGACGCGCCGACGGCCGCGCUGUUCGUAAUGCAGAGGAGCAACCUCGGCCUCGCGAGCCGCGACGCGCAGAACGAGGGCAUGCGCGGCACCAUGGUUGGCAAGGUGCAGGGGAUCAUGCAGUCUCGCAAGGACGGUAUAGCGAGCGAUUAG